GAGCGCGACGUCCCUCUCUGCUGUCGUUCAGUCGCGCCUUUGACGACUCUCCGAGAUUAGCCGCCAGCGCCGGUACGAGUAUCUGUGGCUGGCGCACGACAGAGCUGUACGGAGGGAGAUCCGAGAGCGUCGAGUCCCGUGGACGAGCGAACCCGAGGCUCCGUGAUUCACGCAGGGGCGUGCCAUGCCGAAAAAUGCACUCGACGAUGGCGUCGGCCGGAGCGAGACGGGCACCUCGGCGAGCCACGAGCGCGGAUACACCCGGCCGAACUCGGCAGACUUCGCGACGGGGGAGUUCCGCUUUGACAUGGAGGAGGACCAGCGGCCGCCCAUGUGGAGCUGGAAGCGCAUCCUAGCGGUCUGCCUGCUGGCGGUGGUGUUGCUGGUAUCCUCCUUCCUGGGUGGCUACUUCCACGGUUUACACACGGGCAAGAGGACCAGUCACCAGCAGGGAAACCUGUCCGAGGAACUGUUUGACUCGGAAUGGCAGCGGCUGCCCUGCAUAACCGAGGAUGACGUCUGUCCCGAAGGGUUCACCGACCCUCCGCUGAUCUUGAUUUCGUUGGAUGGCUUUCGGCCCGACUACCUGUCGCGCGGCCUGAACCCUUCGCUUGAGCGCCUCUCCCAGUGCGGCGUCAAGGCGCCCUUCAUGCGCCCGGUGUUCCCAACGAAGACGUUCCCCAACCACUUCACCAUCGUCACGGGUCUGUGGCCUGAAUCUCAUGGCAUCGUGGACAACAAAAUGUAUGACCCCGAGUUCAAGACGCUCUUCAGGGUCGGAAACAUCGAGUCCUACAACUCGCGCUGGUGGGAAGCAGAACCUAUAUGGCUGACAGCGGAGAAACAAGGGAAGCGCGCCUCCACCUUCUUCUGGCCAGGCUCGGACGUGGACAUCAUGGGCGGGCGGCCCAGCGAAUUUUUCCAAUACAACGAGAUGAUCCCGUGGCAGACGCGCGUGGAAGUGCUGCUCGCGUGGCUCGACCUUCCGGCCGAUCGGCGUCCGUCGCUGCUGACGCUGUACGUGAACGAGCCGGACAGCGCGGGUCACACCCACGGCCCCCACUCGGCCGGCGUGGACGAGGCGCUCGAGCUGGUCGAGAUCAUGCUCGACAGGCUGGUGGCUGGCCUGCAAGAGAGGCGCCUGCUCGGAUGCGUCAACCUGCUCGUCGUCUCCGACCAUGGAAUGGCGAGCACCAGCUGCGACCAGGUCAUAGCCCUGGAACACUUCAUCGACCCGGGCUCGGUGUACUCGCUGGUGGGUCCGACAGCCCGGCUGCGGCCCAAGCAGCCCGAAGACGUUGCACCGCUCGUGGAAGCGUUGCGUUGCCGCGACAGCCACUUGCUGGCCUAUGCCAAGGAGAGGCUGCCCAAGCGGUACCACUACUCGGACCACCGGCGCAUAGAGCCCAUCGUGCUCGACAUGGACUCCGGCUAUCUCGUGCUCAACCGCGAAGCGGACAAGAACCCAGCGCUGUGCAACGGCGGCUCCCACGGUUACGACAACAUGGCGCCCGGUAUGCAGUCAUUGUUCGUGGCGCACGGUCCGGCCUUCUUGCAGAACGUCACCGCCAGGCCGUUCAGGAACAUCGAGCUCUACGAACUGAUGGCAGAGCUGCUGCGCAUUCAACCCGAGCCUAACAACGGCACCCACGGCGUGCUGCACUACCUGCUGCGCAAACCCAUGCCCCUUAAGGCGGAGCCGCCGCUGAGGACGCCCGGCAUCUGCGACAUCGACGGCAGCAACGAAGGGAACAAGGACGACGGAUGCAUGUGCAGAGACACCGUGCGCCUUUCGACAGCACCGGAUGCCUUGGCGCGACACACGCCCUGGGGACGGCCUUCCCAGGAAGACACCGAGGCCGUUUCGGAACUGUCACCCUGCGUGCUUGCCAACAGGGACUACGUGACGGCCUUCGACAAGGCGCUCAGGCUGCCGCUCUGGACAGCCUUCACGCUCGAUGGAAAGCACGAGCACGCCGUCGCCAACGCCUGCUGGGAGCGUGACGCGCGGCUUAAGGGUGCCGACCUCAGCUGCCACGAUUACGAGGCCCUGGCCAUGAGGUCCUUAACCAAGGAGCCACUCUUCCCGCCAGAGCUGGCCUCGUCCCGCGCCGAGCAGUCGGCGGUGUGGCUGCACUCGAACGCGCUGCCCUUCUACCACAACCACUCGGCGGGCGUGCGGCGCGAACUGCUGCGCCUGGUGCAGCUCUGGGAGGCACGCCACGGCUCGCUGCACCUGGUCACCGGGCCGGCCUUCGACCUGGACGGAAACGGGCGCAGGCCGCCGCUGCACAGGCUCAGGGCUGUGCAGGAGGGCGAGGUUCUUAUGCCGCCGGUGCCCACCCACGUGUUCUGCGUGGUGACGCGCUGCCUGUCCGAGGGGGUCCCGGUGGGCCGGUGUCCCGCCGAGCGGCUGGACGCGGCCGCCUUCCUGCUGCCGCACUUGCUGCGCCCCGAGAACUGCCAGCCGUGGCCGCAGUACCUGCUGCAGCACUCGGCCACCGUCGGCGACGUCGAGCUGCUCACCGGGCUGCGCUUCUAUACCGAGCUGCCACCCUACGAACGCAUACGGCUGCGCACGGUCAUACCGCAGGCGCUGUGGCCGGCACAGUGAUCGAGCCGGCUGGAGCUUGCCUAUGGCUCAGCGAGCGUUUGUAUAGUUUGUCUCGCUAAUACCGUACUUCGGUAUUAGCCAGCCAAAGCCAGCGCUAUAGCGUUGGCGUUUCUCGAUGGGAAAGAUGGGCGUACGAGUUGUACGGUGUUCUUCCGCAGUCGCGUGUGCAGCGAAAGCCAGUGAUGAGCCGAGCUUUGUCCGUGCGAGGUGAAAUAGGCAUCCGCAUGUCCCGUAAAUCAUGCGGCUGAAAGCAAGAUUAUCACGUUGAUCGCGCAGCGAGAGAAGGAUUUUCUGUCGAAUUGAAAAAGAGAUUUUGCCGGAAAAAUGUCGGACAACAAAUGCUAUACUUCCUUUCUGCUCAAUGCGCAGUAUAUCCAUCGUCGAACAAAGUGAAUUAAUUUCCUCUGUGAGCUAUACCGCACUCCUUUUCAUACAUGGCUGGCAACGCUGACGAAGCCUCGCAAGUAAUGCAGUCACUGAAGUCUCACUGUUUCGCAGUGCAGUUCUGCGACGCCGUAUACGAAUUAACUGCUUCGUAUAUCGCAACUAUAUACGACUUGUGGACGUAAGGGUGCAUCGAAUUCCGUAUUAUUUGUGCAUCAGUGUGCUUCCAGUAUGCGACGCACUAUAUUUUGGUUGGAGCGCAAGCGGUGCGCUGUGACCGCGGGUCGCAAAGAAGAAGUGUUUCUCUGCUGGUUCGGUGGUAAAUAGGUACAAAUCUGCGACACCUUCCAUGCAAUAAUCACGUUAUAUUUUGCGACGCAACAGUAUGAGACAAUGUUACGUCGAAUUACGUGACACAUACCUGUAUCUUUCUUCCAUAUCUGACACAAUAUUUUGACGGUAUUCAUUUUAACUUUAUUCGUUCAUUCAGACAGUUACAAUUUAUACACAACGUUUGUAGGCGAAGAGCUGGCAAAGACGCAGCUACCGUAUGGUGACACAUAGCUCGAACAGACAAAAACAGCUGAUAUUGCAGUAACCAAGUUUAUUCUACUUCGUUGCUGGCGUAAAUUUUUAGCAGCAACACGAUUACGCCACUGCCGAAAAUUUACACUAGCAGCGAGGUAGGAAACACUUGGUUACUGCAGUAUUAAAUGUUUUUGUCUGUUUUAUCUCAGCGCCACUAGGAGGCAGCACCAUACAGGCCGCUCACGUUUACUAAAGCCUCCGCCCAAACACCCCGACGCCCAGUCCGCCUGCGUUUACCAGAUUACCCGACAAGCUAAACCCCUCUAGUAAUAGAUAGGCGAGUACACUAACGUAUAGUAAAGCUGCUUUACUUUCCAAGGUGGCAAGAAACACAUGAUUUUACCAAUUAUACCAACUGUUAGUGAAAGAUCGGUACGAAGUUUAUUGAUGCGAAAGGACCAAUUCAGCGUCUUAUGUUAAGUAACGCCAAUGAACUUGUGACAUACAGCGCGUUCAAUCAAAACCCCUUGAAAUGUAAUUUGAAUGUUUUGCUCGUGAAUGCAAGCAGGGAGAGAAGUCUCUCUAGCCUUCAGCGUUGCCAUCUAUGCAUGAAAAGGAACCUAGGUGCUUCUGGUAGGUGCCACAACUCUGCGCAAUCAUAGUGAGAUACGUCACAGAAAAAGAAACUCCCCCUACGGUGUGCGCGUCUAUCGAAAACAUCCCCGUCCCUUCGUAUUCGUGCAACACCUCCUAGAUAAAUGAAAAAUCCUGGAGCCAUUGUGACGCCAUUGCUUCAUGCAUUGCGUUGUGUCGGAGGCAUUUCUGCCCUUCACGAAAACUUCCGUGAUAACCGAGCAUUGAUACAAGACUUCGUUCGAGAUUUGUCUGAGCGUCAGAUUAAGGUUCCAAGGUAUUGGCUACUUUGCGUUAAAGUACUUUCGCAACUUCCUGUUUAAAAAUAUCCCGGCUCCCCCCCCCCCCCUGCCUAAUUUUUGGAUAGUUUCCACUCUCUUAAGAAGUGUGCAGAAGCAGUACUUUACUAUAUACAGAAUUGUCAUUAAUACUGGACUUCUCACAAUAACUGAGAACUGAUGGUUUUCACUGAAUGUCUUAUAGGCUACAAUACCUACUUCUUCUGUUUGUGUUGCGAUGUCGAAAGUGUGUAAAACUCCGCUUUCCACUCAUCACCCAAGAGUGCGUUUCUCAUGAGCACAGUGUGUGCACCUGCGGUGAUCGUUAGACUAUUUUCCUCAUGGGUUGGUUAGGGGGGCCCGGCUUCUCCGGCUGCGCCAUUAGUUUGGACACAAAAGUGCUGCGGUAUAAGUGUAAACUAUCAAUAAUCUUCCUAUCCCCGCGCUUUCCUUCAUGUGACGUCAUCUGGUCGCGCCCUCUCGCAGGCACCGAUGGGGCCGGGUGCUUCUUCCCCUCUGAAGUGCGCCGUGGCUGUAACUGUGCGUGGUAGACGAGCAGGCAUACUAGCUGGCGCAGCGGAACGACCGAAAGACAUGAACAACUCGUACGCGAGUGCUUUACGGUGCGCUGACCACCGACGCAUGCGCGACCCCAUUCUUAACGAGCGUGAUUUACUUUGUGCCUCAAAAAUAGCGAACCAUUGUUAAAGAGCAACUUUACGAGAGCGCCUGGUGAUAUGUAUUUUUUUGCCACAAUUAUUUUGUUACAGCUGGCUAGUUUUGAAACUGUAUGCAUGUCGAGUGGAAUCGCUGCACUGUCGUAACGCUCUCUCUUUCGUAUCACAUUUUGUUAUUGCGAGAGUUCCGUGUAUUCACUUUACUUUACUUUACAUAUGUGACUGUUGCACUGUGCUCUGCUUGUAUAUAUAGUACACGCGACUUUUCAAUGACCGCUGCUAUGCCGUUAUGAACAUCAGUUCCAGCGAAACCUCGUUUUAACGAAAUUCGAGAACAGUGGUGAAGUGUUUUCUGUCAUAGCCGACAUUUCGCUAUAGCAAGUCGCAGUUGCAUACGCGUGGCUUUUCAGGGGAGAUCGCAACACACUCGCUAUAUUCAUUAUUUGCGUUCGAUCCCGUUUCGUAACACGUAGGCUUUACUGUGUUUGCUCCAGUAACUGAGUUGGCUGUCUACUUAACGCGCAACCGUCGGAUGACGCUGUGCCACACCCGUGCUUCCCUCGCUUUCCUAAAUGUCUGCUACAUUGAAUUUCUCAAUUGCAAGUGGAGCGAAGUCUCGUUAAGACGAAAUUUUCCGUAAGCGACGAUUCGUUCAUUGUAACCUUUCAGCGGCGCUACUCUCGAGAAGUGCAUGCACUAAUUGGUUACGGGCGUCACUUUGUUGUCAUAUACAGAAUGAAUGUGCGGCUUUCUUUGUGCCGAGCCGUGGAUCGUGCAAUCUUGUGGCUCCCCUUCAUAUUCUCGUUUACUCCUUACCUCCCACUUGGAAGGCGUAUUAUGGCAUCAAAACCAUGCAUUUUUCUUUAUUGUUAUAUAACCACACUAUAUAAAAACAUGCUUCUAGAGCCAUUAUCGUCUCUUAACCUGUGAUAACGCGGCCGACAUACUUCGCCAAUGUGAACAGACAUGAUUCGAGCGUAAUCAUAUGGGUCGUUACCAAACCUAUGCAUUUAAAGUGUCUCGUGCACGUUUAGGGCUGUAUUCGGUGCUCGAAACUGGCCCUGAGGUUGUACGCUUCGUGAGACGAUGUUUCACCCGUUGCCACGCCAGGACACCGAAGCGCUGUACAGUAAUGACGUAUCAAUGUUUUGUAUUUCCGCAGCGAUAACUGGCGCAGCGUGGAAGUCCUUCGUCCCGGACAUCGUGUCCUGUCAUUAUCCUUGAGUGCCUUUUUUUUUUGUUUUUUGUCAAUACCGUUGUUAAUCUCUUUAGCCAGUGCCUCCUGGCGUGUGUGUAAUUAACUGAACACAAUUAUGAAGCAUUGGCUUCAGAACAGGCAUUAUAUACUUUUCUCGGAGGAGAUUUAACAGAAGUUGCUGUUGUAUAGACAUUAGACAAUCGAUUACGUUUUUUAUCUUUUAAAUUAUAAAGUGCUGUCUCUGCUGAGACCUAAGAUCUCCAGCAGAGGCAACACUUAUAAUACCCGUGAUGCUUCCUCAAGUGUUUAGGCUGCUGUUGCCUUGAAGAGUUGUGCUAGUAUUUGCUCCAGUUGAAUAUCUCUGGCAGCUAACAUCUCCCGUAUUUCUUAGACGAGCAAACUGUCGUGACACUCCUUAUCUACGGAUGCACGAGAAUUCCUCGUUAAGCGAAUGCCCACUGCUUUCUUUGUGACCAUCAUCGCUUCGGAAACAAUUGUUCAGGAAGCCUGGACGCCACUUACACUGUGGGUAUGCCCGACAUGGCUACGCUGCUCACGUUCCCUGACUUGAGUGUCCAACCGGCGGCCUUCGAGAGACCGGAAGGGGAAAUUAAUGUAUUUUUGAUAUCUUCGGAGUCGCAAUGUUUAAUAAAAGUUCCUUCCAACUGGCCAA